CUCUACCGAAUCCAGUCAUGGCGGAGGAAAAUAAGUCCUAUUACUUUCCGGACAAACCCUGUAGCCUCUGAUAUGAAAAUGAGCUUCAUCUGAAUAUACUUUUUUCGAGCGAUUCAGCUCACUGGGCGAUCCCGAAACGCAUCGGAUGGUGAUGGGGCUUCAGUCGUUGUAAGCUCUCAUAAUGCAAAAAAAAUGUUCACUCCCUGAGAACCAUGUCGAGGCGAUGUUGGUGGAUUUUCAUGACCGUUCUGGGCAACAGCAGCGAUUUUUUCGGCUGAAUGCACACCGGUUGCUUUAUCCUAUAAUUGUCGAGUCUGACCAACUCGCUUCGUGAACUGGCCCACAAACUAAAUUAUUGGUGUUUUGUAUAUCAACUUUUCCACGUAACUUGUUUAUAGUUGUGUUAAAGCCUCACCACUUUGGAAGUGAGUUUUUAAUAUUUUCCAAUUUCAUUCAAGUGUAUUUUGUCCCAUCUUGAAAAUGUCAAAUAUAGAACUGAUUUUCUAACACAUCAAAACGACUUCUUAGCAUUCGAUUGCAACAUAACCGCUAAUUCGAAUUACAAACACUAGAUGUCCCACCACAUGUUUAGCUUUUAGUGUAGUUCAUAAAUACAUAUACAGUGCACUAUAUUCUUUGAACGAUAGAGUUAGCAAGCUGAAAUUUCGGGUGGUGAAACUGAUCCAUAAAUACUAUAUUUCAGCGUAAACGUGGAAUUUGAUCAUUUCAAGACAUCGGCUGGACUCCAUUUUUAUAAACGGAGUGGAGGUCAUCUGAUACCUCGUUUUGAAGCUUCUUUGAGUACUUUACAAUACUAUAAUUUAAAAUCGCUCACUUUCAAAAUGGCUGACUUGCAGGAUGGCACAUUUUACCGUUUUUUUACAUUGACUUGCUAAUAAGUUAACAGCCAAUCAUCGAUAUGUUACAGUAUAACAAACUUCUUCCCUUGGUAGGAUCGAUUCGAAAAUGCAAUAAAAUAUGGAACAUUCCAUUUAAGACAGUUGUCAAAAUAUGCCAUUUCUCUCAAACUGAAUAUCCCGUAUUUUAUUGCACAUUCAGUUAACCGCUUCCAAAAGAAGUUUCAAAAUGAGUUACAUCAUGAUCUAGCCACCAUUUUAAUAAUUCAACAGUUUUAUCUUAAAAUAUAGAGAUCAUGCAUCAUUUUCAUCACCCCAAAUUUCAGCUUGCUAACUUGACUCAUUCCAAAAAUAAGUAGGAGGGGCUUCAUGAAAAGCACUAUAUAUAGGGAAUGAAUUAGAUUAGCUAAAAUUAUAAUAUUUUCAACUCUUUAACUUUAAUUCAUGUAAGACUGAGGCAGUAGGACAGAUGUUACAUUCUUAAAAUACAGUUUGGGAAACAUGUCAAUUCUUAGAGAUCCAUUAUAAAUUUUAGCCUUUUUAACGCUCAUUUACAUUAUUGUUUUUCUUAUUUGCAAUGACAACUUCAGAUUAAAGUUUUAUGGUCUGAACUUUGAAUAUAUUUCCUCAUAAAAGAUAAACAGGGUGAAUAUGACAAUGUGCCAUUAUUAAUUGCUCUUGGUUUAUGUUUUUGUACAGGUCCUUGGCAUAAAAACAUCAUGUUAUUAAUUUGAGUAGCAGAGGUGAGUAUAUUACACAGAUAACAUUGUAAUUGCUUAUUCACAUAUGUACAUAAUUCUAGGAGCUUUGUUGCUGAAAUGAGCUUUUAUGUGAAACAGUUGGGAAGAACCAUUCAUGGAAGGGAUACAGGGUCCAAUAAACAAACAGCUAGCAAGAGUUGUGCAUUGUCUAUUGUUAGACAGCUGUACCAUCUUGGAGUCAUUGAAGCCUUUUCAGGUACCCUGAAGAAAAAUAAAUCAGCCGAAAAUGAAAUGCCACCAUUCCCAGUAGCCGUUUCGGCAGAAUUGAAAGAGAAAGUCAGGGACUGCCUGAAUGAUUUGAAUGUGACUCCGGCGUUUGUGAAGCCGGAGAAGUCAGACCAGCCAGUGUCCCUGUUGUCCGACCAUGUGUUGGAUGAUUUCCAUCCCCAGAAACCCAGUGAGGCUGGUGUGGUGACUUGGUCUCCACCUCAACCCAACUGGAACUGCUGGACUGGAUGCAACAUUGAUGAGGGGUAUUUGGCGACUGCAUCUCUAGAAGACAUGAGUGAAGAAAUGCUUAGAGAUUGGAAAGAGAGGGUAGCCAAUGACACUCGUCUACAGGAUAGUAUCAAGGAGAGAGCUACACUGCCUGUCCAUGCAAUGAAGGCCCAAAUUAUGGAAGCUAUAAAUGAACAUCCUGUCAUUAUUAUUAGAGGAAACACCGGAUGUGGUAAGACCACACAAGUGUGCCAGUUUAUCCUGGAAGACUACGUGAUGUCAGGCCAAGGUGCCUGGUGUAACAUCUGCGUCACCCAACCUAGAAGAAUCUCUGCCGUGUCAGUUUCCGAACGUGUUGCACAGGAACGUUGCGAAGAGUUGGGCCAGUCCUUCGGGUAUUCCGUGCGAUUCGAGUCCAUUCUGCCCAAGCCUUAUGGCUCAGUCAUGUUCUGUACUGUGGGAGUGCUGCUAAAGAAGCUGGAGAAUGGCCUUAGGGGUGUCAGCCAUGUCAUUGUGGACGAGAUCCACGAGAGAGAUGUCAACAGUGACUUUAUCAUGGUGGUGCUGAGAGAUAUGAUCCACACAUAUCCAGACCUUCGAGUAAUUCUCAUGUCAGCUACCAUCGACACGACGCUGUUCUCGAAAUACUUCAACGAUUGCCCAGUGAUUGAGAUACCCGGAAGGGCGUUCCCUGUCAAGCAGUACUUCCUCGAGGAUGCGGUCGAGAUGACGAAGUUUGUACCGCCUAGUGAUACCAGGAAGAGGAAGAAUAGGAGUAGCAACAAGGAUGAUGACGAAGAUGAGGGCAUUGGUGGUGGUGACGAGCCGGAUGAGGAUCUGAAUAAGGUGGUUUCUAAUCAAUAUUCUGAAGUGACGAAGAACGCGAUGUCCCGUAUGAGCGAAAAGGAGGUCAGCUUUGAGCUGAUUGAAGCUCUUCUGCAGUACAUUAAAGGCACCGGUACUCCAGGCGCCGUGUUGGUGUUCCUUCCAGGUUGGAAUCUCAUAUUUGCCAUGAUGAAACAUCUCCAGAAUCAUCCAGUGUUUGGUGGAACUCAGUACAGCAUCCUACCACUCCAUUCACAGAUCCCCAGAGAGGACCAACGCAAGGUUUUUCAACCGGUGCCAUCACACGUUACCAAGGUCAUCCUGGCUACCAACAUUGCAGAAACAUCUAUAACAAUCAAUGAUGUAGUAUUCGUAAUUGACAGUUGCAAGGCCAAGUUGAAGAUGUUCACAUCUCACAACAACAUGACAAGUUACGUAACUGCAUGGGCUUCUAGGACAAAUUUGGAACAAAGAAAGGGUAGAGCUGGUAGAGUUAGACCUGGAAUAUGCUUCCAUUUGUGUUCCAAAGCUAGAUUUGAUAAACUGGACGAGCACAUGACACCAGAAAUGUUCAGAACACCUCUACAUGAAUUGGCCUUGAGCAUAAAAUUGCUGAGACUCGGUUCGAUUGGUCACUUUUUGAGUAAGGCCAUAGAGCCUCCACCAUUGGAUGCUGUGAUUGAGGCAGAGGUGUUACUUAGAGAGAUGAAGUGUCUGGACAAGAACGAUGAGCUAACUCCAUUGGGAAGGAUCAUUGCCAAGCUGCCGAUUGAACCAAGAUUGGGUAAAAUGAUGAUCCUUGGCUGCAUUUUUAUGGUUGGUGGCCCAUUGGCUACCAUGGCCGCAAAUUCUUCUACAUUCCCAGAGAUAUUUCAGCUGGAUAUGGGCCAAAGGAGGCUCAGUGGUCACCAGAGAGCUUUAGCUGGUGACAGACAUUCCGAUCAUGUUGCAAUGCUCACUGCUUUUGAGCUGUGGGAUCACGCCCGUCAAGGUGGUGAAGAAGCCGAACAGCGUUUCUGCGACUUCAAAGGCAUCAGCAUGCCCACUAUGAGGGUCACCUGGGAAGCCAAACACCAGCUGCAACAGAUUCUCGUCGGCGUAGGCUUCCCGGAGGAAACUCUAGCUCCCGUUCCCAUGGAAACUGUGGGACCAGAUCCAAGGCUGGAUUGUGUCGUGAGCCUUAUGUGCUAUGGUCUCUACCCGAACGUUUGCUAUCAUAAGGAAAAGAGGAAGGUGUUGACUACAGAAAGCAAGGCUGCCCUGAUCCACAAAACUUCAGUGAACUGCAGCAAUCUAGAUCAAGGCUUUGCAUAUCCAUUUUUCGUGUUUGGAGAGAAGAUCAGAACCAGAGCAGUUUCUUGUAAGCAGAUGACCAUGGUGACACCACUGCAUUUAUUACUUUUUGGUUCAAGAAAAGUUGACUGGGUAGAUGGAGUUGUGAGGCUAGAUAACUGGAUAAAUUUGGACAUGGAUCCUGAAGUGGCAUCGAUGAUUGUGGGUUUAAGACCCGCGUUGGAAAGUCUUGUGAUUAGAGCAUCCAAAGAGCCUGAACAAAUCUUGGAAAUGGGUCCAGUAGAUAUGAAGGUGGUAGCCGUGAUAAAAGAACUCCUACGCUUGCACGCCGGCAGUUUCGGCAUCGAGCGUCCGAAAACCUCUUUACUUGACUCUAGACGACCGCCACGCGGCCACAGCAUCGGCGGUUACAGCGGUCCGCCGCCUAAAUUCUUCCGCGGAGGCAGGGGCGGACGCGGGGCUAGCUUCAAUGGUGGCGGAUAUAGCGGAGGCAGGGGUGGAUACGGCGGCGGUGGCGGAUUCGGAGGUAGAGGAGGAUACAUGGGAGGUGGUGGCGGAGGAUUUGGAGGUAGAGGUGGAUACGGAGGAGGUGGCGGGGGAUUCAGAGGCGGACGAGGUGGCGGAAUGGGAUCGACAGCCGGUGACUGGAAUUAAGGGAUGGAGGCCCAGCUGUUAUUGUGUUGGUUAUACCGGCGGGAACUACUUGUUUAUUGUAGGAAGGGUUUCCUAUAGGUGUGAAGUAUUAUUUAUGGACAUUUUAGACGUUUUAUUUGAAGCGAGUUUUUAAUUUUUUCACUUGACAUUGCAAAUAAAAUUUGACCUACCAUUUAUAAAAAAAUGAAUCUCUUCUAGACAAGGAGGAUUGACGCCAUUUGAUAGCGAUUUCCAAAACCAAAUUUAACCAAAAUAUUAGGGUAUCGUGAUUUAGUAGCCACACUUCUGGCAAAUUAUUAGUUUGAUGUGGCCUUUUGAAUUGUUUAUUGUGAUUUUUUAUUCUUUGUGUAACACUGACAUUUUGACCAAAGGUAUAACGGUUGCAUUAUUUCCAAUGCGUUUAUUAAGGAUACGUUAGUAUUAUGAUUAGCGAGAUAAGUUUACAUACGAAAAAUAAUGCUUAAGUAUGUUACAUUUAAUGUAUGUCCAGUCCACUAUUACUUAGUUUGAAUUAGGAUCAUAUAAUAAAAUAUUUCAUGACAAAA